AAUGGUUGUGUAUACGCUUGAGGAACGCGUGAAAAUAGUGCAGUUUUACUUUGAAAAUCAGAUGAAGAAGACGCCGAUUUUUGCAAAAAAAAACAUCUUCUCUGAUGAGGCACAUUUUCAUCUCGGCGGGUAUUUUAAUAAGCAAAAUUAUCGCAUAUGGGGGACGGAAAACCCGCACGUUAUCAUGGAGAAGCCUAUGCAUUCCUCAUGGAGUUACGGUUUUGUGGCAUCAUUGGGCCAUUUUUCUUCGAAAAUGAGGCAGGAGCCGCCGCCACGGUCAAUGGCGAGCGCUACCGCGCCAUGAUUAGCGAUUGGUUCUUCCCGUUACUUGAAGAGGAAGACUUGGACACCAUUUGGUUCCAACAAGACGGCGCUCCAUGCCACACUAGAGGCGUGCAAAACAGCUCAUUUUGGUGAACAGCUCCGAACCGAUCAGCUCACCAAAGUGAAUCGAUUCGAUGUAUCAGCUCAUCAGCUCUUUUAUUUUGAACUAAAGGUUCAUUUUGUGCGCCGUUUUUCUUAUGCACCGAUUUUUUUCAAAUGCAUGAUCGAAAUUGAAUCAUUGAUUUGCAAUGAUGCAAUGAAUGCCAUGCGAAAUAAUUUAUCUUUAAUUGAUGUCGACUAAAUUGAAUCUCUUAGAGAGCCGAAGAUCCGAUCAGCUCGUAGCGUGUUCCCUGCGUCAUAAUGCAGUGAACUGGGUAGCAAAAGAGUGAGCUGGUGAGCUGCGGUUCUUUUGAAAAGAGCUGUGAGCUGUCAGCUCACUUCAAUGAUUCGAUUCACUGGAACAGCUCAGGAGCGAAUUGCCCAUCUCUAUGCCACACAGCCAACGCUACGAUCGAUCUUCUGCGCACAGUCUUCGAAGAUCGAAUUAUCAGUCGAAAUUCGGAUGUCGUUUGGCCGCCUCGGAGCUGUGAUUUGACGCCGUUAGACUAUUAUCUUUAGGGGGCUGUCAAAGAUAAGUGUUAUGUGGACAAGCCAGAGACAAUUCAAGCCUUGAAGGACAACAUGCGUGCAGCCAUAGCUGAAAUAGAGCUGCAUACAAUCGAAAAUGUACUAAAAAGCUGGACCGACCGUAUGGCGUACUGCAAGGCCAGCCGAGGCAGCCAUUUGAAUGAAAUUAUAUUCCACAAUUAACCACAAAUUGAAAUUUUUGAAAUCGGAUGAACCGUUCGUGUUACAUGGCGGACCCUGUAUUUUGUCAUCGACUACAACAGGACCAACGAAUUCCAAUAGUGUUUAGGCUGUGAAGCAAUCCGCGAAUAAGUUAAGUUAUGCAAAGACAUCAUAUUAACAAAUUAUCCAGCUAUCACAUUUCCCGAAUUUCCUUUUUUUUGCGAACAUGGCGCCCUCAGCACCCAACACGGACAGUUCAACAAUAAUAUACACGAUCCCGACGAACCAGCAAGGACAUCCAGCGCAGCGUUCGGAAGCUGGCAGUGCUAUUCUAUUUCCCAAUCGGACAUCUACCUACAAUUUGCGGCCAACUAUCAUUGAUCUACCCCCGUCGUAUGAAGAUGUUACCAAAACGGCAACCACACCAACAACAACGACUACUUCGACAGCGUAACUGCAGAAAGCUGUGAUAAUCGCAAUGAUCAACUCUUAUUAGAAGUAAGCUUUUCGAUUUCAUUUUAUUUUUUGUAUUUUUGUUGUAAA